CGGCGGGCCGCUCAGUCGUUGCCCAGACGUCGCGUCUCUCGCAGCAGCAGCACAAUUCGGCUCGGCGCUCGGCCUCGACGCGUCGUCAUACUAUUAAUAGUGUGCGCACACACGCACACGCACCUAUACCUCGUUUAUACACUUUCUCACAAGUGACUUCUGACCGCGAGUGCAUGCCAAAUCACGCGCGUAAAAAAGCCAUGCAGUUUAUCCAGUGCAGCUGGCAUUAGCAACUGGUCUCUAGCGAUCGCUCUCUUCAUUUGUGAGUCGAGUUUAAGAUUUAAGAUGCACGAUGCACCCCAGCUGCGUGGGCCAACGCCAGACGCAGCAUCAUCGGGAGGAUGAUAAUGAGCAACGCGAUUAUCAAAAAACAACAAAAACAAGGAGACAACGACGCACGAAUCGCUCGGGAUAUUGGCGUUUUAUCGUCGUCGGGCAACGAGCGGCUGCUGCUCACCACUUCUGACGCCGAUGUUGAUGACGACGAUCAGUUAAUACGAGAGCAGCAGCAGCUGGCGGCGACGAUGAUGAACUUCGGCAACGAGGCCGCUCGCCAGCCGAACAACAAGCUUCGGACCGUCAUAGGCAUUUGCAUACUGCUCGCCGUGGCCGGUAUGCUCUACCUUGGCUACUUCUGCCCUGAUCACGUUUGCGCUCUGAGUUCGCGAGACCGCAGCGCUGAAAAGGAGUCCACCGCGAGGUUCAUCGGCCCUUCGGACCCUUUGCUACCUCAUAAUAACAUGUUAGGCCUACCAUCUAAUUCGCUGGAGUCUGAGAAGAAUAAUGUUGUACCUGUACAUCCUGUUUUUAAAUUACAAAGCCUUCAGGGAAAUCUUGGCUAUGAUAGUAUCUUUCUCAAUGAUUCCUUCCAAUUUGAUAUCAAUGCUAAUGACGUUAUGGUUUUCUUGCAUAUACAAAAGACUGGUGGUACUUCAUUUGGUAAGCACUUGGUUCGUGAUCUUGAUCUUCAAAGGCCAUGCUCGUGUCAGAGGCGCCGAAAGCGUUGCUUCUGCUUCCGUCCAAAUAAAAAUGAAAAUUGGCUUUUCUCUAGAUAUUCCACAGGCUGGAAGUGUGGCUUACAUGCUGAUUGGACUGAACUAAUAAAUUGUGUAGAUUCUGAAUUGAAUAAGAUUGAAGGAGAUAAUAAGAGGAGAUAUUUUUACAUUACUAUUAUUCGCCAUCCAGUAGCAAGAUAUUUAUCUGAAUUUAAGCAUGUUCAAAGAGGAGCUACUUGGAGAGGGGCUAGGCAUUGGUGUGGUGGCACAGAAGCUAAAAUACCUCAAUGCUAUUCUGGCCCAAAUUGGAAAGGAGUAACAUUAGAAGAGUUCAUGGCCUGUCCAAACAAUUUGGCUAACAAUCGACAAACAAGAAUGUUAGCCGACCUAUCACUUGUUGGUUGUUAUAACAAUUCGUCAUUAAGUAAAGCAGAUCGAGAUAGACUCAUGUUAGCUAGUGCAAAACGUAAUUUGAAGUAUAUGCCAUUUUUUAUGCUCACAGAAUAUCAGAAGGUGGGGCAAUAUUCAUUCGAGGAAACUUUUGGAAUGAGAUUUGCUGUAGCAUUUGAGCAGCAUAACACAACACUUAGUGCUGCAACAAUGGAAAAAUUGAGUAAAGAACAAUUAGAUGCGAUUGAAAAACUCAACAAGUUAGAUAUUGAACUUUACGAGUAUGCAACUACUUUGGCCUUUCAAAGGUUUCGACAUCUGCGCGAUCGAGAUCCUUAUUUCGUAAAACGGUUUCAACAUCUUGGGGAGCUGCCGUCCCGACAAAGCAUCACCGAAUUUAAUUGGGAUUCUGUGAUAGAAGAUACAACGGACAUUGACUAAAACUGUUGUGCAUUACAAAUAAUCAUCACAAAAGCAGAUUGUGAAAAAUAGAUUUUAACUUGUAUAAAGUUUAUUGAAAUAAGUUUUAUGCAGCCUAAUUACAUUUCUUAAGAUUAUGUUUUUAUCAAUUUAAAUAGCAAAGCUGACGAAAAAAUGAAUUGUAUUGCAACUUAAGGGAAUACUGCAGCUAGUAUGAAAAUGAACUUGUUUAAAUACAUUAAAUUAAAUUUUUCAUAAAUGUUUUUUAAAAAGUUCUAUAGUGACUUGAAAAACAACAGAAUAAAAUUCAUUAUGAAAAUUUUUUGAAAAAUAGAAUCAUUUUCAUUUUCACAUUAGAUUCGGGGUAUCCUCUUCAUUAGAAAAACUAGUGCUACAGUUGUAAACAUUUUCUAAAAUGAUCUGGUUUAAAGAAUUCUGUGACUAGGUACUAUUAGCAAAUAUUGUACUUGUAAAAAAAAUUUCAGGUAAACCAAAGAAAAAUUGUAUAAGUAUAGGCCCAAUAUUAGAUGCGAGUUUGUAACAGUUAUUAAAGAGAUGCCGAAAUCAGAAUAAUCAUGACAAAUUAAAAUGCGUUUUGUGAGAUUUUAACUUCGUAUUUUUCAAUUUAAUGACGUAAAAUUUUUAAAGAAAAAUAAAUCGCUUAAAAUCUUUGUCACGGAUUUGAAAAUUAACGUAAAGCUGCCUUCGACAUCUCAAAUUUUGAAUCCGUAAGGGAUAUUUGUAAUGAUUUUUGAGAAAGAGCUUUUAAUACUUAGUUGUAAUAUUUUAAUUGUAAAUCUUUACAAAGAUCUUCCAUAAAUACGCACAUAAUAUUUAUGAGUCAUGCAAGGGUCUGUCAUAUGAAGUAUUUUGACCAUAUUCACAGAUUUAAAUCAACUUCGAUAAUCUGCCAUCCAAAUUAAAAAUGUGCCAUCACUCUAUUCAAUAAGAAACUAAAUUUUUAAUUGUUGUAAUUGAAUUAAUUCACCAUGUACCACUUGGAAGUUUUUACAUAAUAAUUGUCAAUGCAUUUUUUGAUGCAAUCGAAUACUCCUAAAAUUUGUGAUACAUGUUGAUAUAUCAUCUUCAACUCUAAAAGUAUUAAUAAGACAAGGCAAUGAUAAAAAUUAUUUGUGUAAUCAGUGAAUACAAUUUUACUAAAACCAAACUUGUUAAUAAUUCAAAUCAACUUGAAGUUUCUUGUAUUCUUCCAAAUUAAAAUGUUAUUGUGAAGUUUGUAAAAUUUAAGUAUCUUUCAACAGUACAACUAUAUCAAUUUUUAUAUUGCUCUUGUGUGUGUGUCGAUGUGCAUCGAUAAUUGUUACUCACCGAUAAAAUUAGGGCCUUGAAAGAUCUCAGGAUUAAAGGUUUAAUUAGAUUUAUUCUUUACCAUUGAUUGUAAUUAUUAAAUAGGCUACAUUUUAUACUCAAAGCUUUAAAACUUAUUAUCGAAAUUGUAAAUAUUCAAAUUGAAGCGAGGAAGUUUGAAGUCAGAGAUUUUAUCAGUUAAAAAUUUUUAUUGUUUGAAAUUCAUUUUAAAUGAAAAAUUUUUAUUAACAUCUAGUAUACGUAAGAAAAUGUCAUCGUUUAUGAUGCGUAGAAGUUAAAAGUGUAUUUCGAAAUGAAUAUAUUUAUUUAUUGUAAAAGAUAAAUACUUCGAAAAUUUGAGCCUAAGAUUGACAUAAUUAUGUUUUUAAAAUUGUGAUUCACUCGUUAAGUGUAAGUAGUAUACUGUAAAAAGAAUUUUGGCUCUCAUAACAGCUAAAAUUCCUGUAAACAUAAACAAUCUAAGAAAGUUGAUUCAUUGAAAAUUAAUGCGAAAAAAAGUAACAUAAGAUAAUAAUGAAUACUCAACAAUAAAUGUUGGUAUGUGCAAUAAGACUCUAUAUGUUACCAAAAUGAUAAUAUAUAUCAACUGAUAUAUCAUGAAAAUACAAUUUUCGUAAAAUAGUUCAAGUAUUUCAAAUAUCAACUAAUUUUUUAUUGCAAACAACUUAUACACAUCUAAUGAACUUUGCUCAAUGCUUAAAAAUACGAUAUUAUCAUUAAAUUUUUUUUUAUAUUUCUACAUGAAAUGUGAAUUGACCCACCAGUGUCCAUUUUUUGUUUUUGUACAGUUAAAAAUGAAUUCCAAAAAUUUAAUCUCAAGGACCAAAGAUACACUUAUUUUUUUGCUCAUUCUGAAAUUCUUUUUGUACAGUUGUAAAAAUUUUACAAUGCUUUAUCUUGAUUCGUAUCACCAGAAACUCAUAAAAAGUUUCUACAGUCAUUUGAAUAAGAAACAAUUCACUUUUUACUGCAUUUAGCAAAAAAAAUAUUGCACAUAUGAUUUGAGCCAAUGUAAAAAAUGUAACAACAGUGCCAUAAGAAAAUUUUAUAUUUAUUAACAAGUAUAUUGGCAAUUAAAAAUUGUAGAUUGAAAAGUAAGUAAUCAGACAUUAUAGAAAGUUGGGAAUUCAUUUAAGUAAUUAAAAAUGAAAAUAUAAUUAAAAAUGCGACGAUAACAAUGAAAAUUAAGCCAUGUAAUAUGUUGUACUUUUUCAGAACAAUGAUGGAAUUAUCAAAUACAAAAUUUAAAACUGCUAAAAGAAUUAAAUGAAAGUGGAGUAUUAAUGAACACAUGACAUAUGCCUAAUGUAAUUAAUGAAAAUUCCAUUUUAAAAAUUGUAAAUAGUGUAAUGUUUAAAAUAAGUAUUACUAAUCAUUGAGUUGACAAAAAUUCAUUCAUGGAAUGUUAACAUGAUUAUAUUUAGGACUUGGGUAUACAAAUAAACAUCACAAAUGAAAGAUUGAUAAUUUGUUUCUUUAUGUAUAUCUUUUAAUAAAUUCAAAAAUGGA